AUGUUUUGUGUGUGUGUGUGUGUGUGUGUGUGUGUGUGUGUGUGUGUGUGUGUGUGUGUGUGUGUGUGUGUGUGUGUGUGUGUGUGUGUGUGUGUGUGUGUGUGUGUGUGUGUGUGUGUGUGUGUUUUGAUCCUGAUCAGUUUGAUCCUGAUCGGAUUUAGCCAAUCAGGGGCGGUGGAAUCGGACACUGAUAAGAUGGUCGGUGGCAGGGACGGGCGCUUGCUGCGAUGGAUUGUGGUCUUGAUUGGUGUGCUUGGCUUUGCCAUGGAGACAUCUGGCGCAGUGCAGUUGCCCAACAUCUUCUCCGAUAACAUGGUGCUGCAGCACGAGAAGGGCUCGGGAAGUCUCGCCUACGUCUAUGGCUGGGCCUCGCCCGGCGAACGCGUCACCGUGGCGCUCCCCCAGAGCAACUACUCUACCAUUGCCGAUGCCACCACGGGCAAGUGGAAGGUGACGCUCGGCCCGCUUGAGCCCACGGCUAACCCUUUUACGUUUCUUGUGAGCGGGGAAACCGGUCCCCCCGUCACGGUGGCCAACGUGACGGUCGGUGAGGUGUACCUGUGCUCAGGGCAAAGCAACAUGGAAUUCCCACUCAACAUUGCCACCAACGGCACCUAUGAAAUGGCUGAUGCUGUCAAUUGGCCUCAGUUCCGACUCUUUCGUGUCAGCCACAACACGGCCGAGACAGAAGUCCGCAAUGUCACUGGCACCUGGGCGCUCAACGCACCGGAUGUAGCCGGUGCCUUUAGUGCGCUGUGCUACCUCACAGCACGCGAUGUGCAGCGCCUGCGCAACAGCAGUAUGCCUGUUGGUCUAGUCCAAGUUACCUGGGGAGGCACGCGCGUGGAAGCCUGGAUGUCCAAGGAAGCCCUUGCUGCGUGCCCAGCAGCCCCUGCAUGGGGCACCGGCUCGUCCCCGCAGAAUCAGCCCACGGCCCUAUGGAAUGGCAUGGCCGCCCCGGUUAUUGAGAUGACUUACCGCAUGGCGCUGUGGUACCAGGGGGAGACCAAUGCGCAGGGCGCCAAUUCCACCGACUACUACGCUUGCAUGUUUCAGAGCAUGAUCGCCGACUGGCGAGGUCGGGCUGGAUACGGCGACCUGCCAUUCCUCUACAUGCAGUUGCCACCGUCCCUCUUGCCCACAGAUCCCGCCAACAUCACAACGGGCUACUCGGAGAUCCGCCAAGCUCAGCUUUUGACGCUUCCUCACACGCGUGGGCCCUCUGACACAACUGGCAUGGUCGUCGGCCUGGAUCUCGGCGGCGUGUCAAUGUGGGGCCCUGUGCACCCUCCUGCCAAGAACGUGAUGGGACAGCGCAUGGCCGCCCAAGUCUUGCACGUGGUCUACGCAGAGCAGGAACAGUGGAACGGCACUUUGCGUUUUUCUGGCCCCGUGGUCACGAAUGUGCGCCGCUUGAGCAAUGGUACCCUGGCUGUCAUCUUUGCCGACUGGAGCGCCCAAGGCCUGUACUUCAAUGGUACCCUCAACUGCACCACCUGCUGCCCCUCACCCUCCUUUGAGGUCCUGUCCCCUGACCAGAAGGGCGCGCCAAGCUGGCAGCAUGUUGAUGCCACCAUCAGUGGAAGCACUGUGCUGCUCGCCACCUCGGGUGGCUCGGCCGUGCGAUACGGGUGGCAAGAUUAUGUGCAAUGCGCGUUGUAUAACGUUGAUGCCCUCCCAGCCUCGCCCUUUAUCCUCAACGUUUCUACCACCGCAAAGCUCAGCUCAUCGACUGCACACCACAGCUGGCGCAAAGCUGGGCUGACGCGCACGCCAACUACAUCCCGCCCUUACGCCACUCCCCUCGUUCGACCACCGAUGGGCUUUAACACAUGGAACGCAUAUCGGUGCAACCUCGAUGAGAACAUUGUGCGCAGCAUGGCGCAGGCCAUGCAGCAGCGUGGCCUCCAAGCAGCUGGCUAUACGUACGUGAACAUUGAUGACUGUUGGCAGGUGGCGCGCCAAGCCAACGGCACCCUCGUGCCGGACCCUGUUCGCUUUCCAUCGGGCAUGACCGCACUGGCCGAGGAUCUGCAUGCGGCAGGUUUUGGCUUUGGUGUUUACACAGCUCGAGGCACGGGAACUUGCCAGGGACGGCCCGGCAGUCUCGAACAUGAGCGCAUCGACGCCGCCACGUUUUGUGAUUGGGACGUGGACUACGUCAAAAUCGACGUGUGCGAAGGUGCACAAGAUGCCAACGCCAGCUGGACCCAGUUUCACACCGGGUUUGCUGACUGCUACGCACAAAAGAAUCAUUCGAUUGUUAUGAGUGUGGAAACAUGCGGUGAUCCCAAUGGUUGUGGAACUUGGGUGGCUGGGCUUGCCAACCUGUGGCGGACGAGCCCAGACCUCGAAGCCACCUUUGCCAGCGUCUUGGCCAACGCCUAUGCCAACGAUGCCAUGGCUGCCGUGGCCAAACCUGGCCACUACAAUGACCCAGAUAUGCUCGAGGUGGGCAACCCGGGUCUUGAUGCCGACGAAGCUCUCUCGCACUUUGCCCUAUGGUGCGUCAUGUCUGCCCCGCUCCUCAUUGGCACGGACUUGAUACGGGCGAGCAACAACACGUUGGCCAUCCUGUCCGCACCCGAGUUGAUUGCGAUCGAUCAAGACCUGGGCUACAACAACGAACCCCAAGGUCGCCACGUGUCGGCUGCUACACCAGCAGGCACCAACGUCUCGUGUUGGCUCAAGCGCCUGGCUUCGGGCAGCUCUUACGCCUUGAUUGUGGUCAAUGAAGGGGAGAGUGCCGUGUCGGACGUAAAGAUCGAGUUUGCGAGCUUGGGCCUACCAAACAGCCAAUCUGUGACUGUGCGUGAUAUGUGGGCUCGUAAGGAUGUCGGUACCUUUGAUGACAACUAUACGGUUGAUUCUCUGCCUCGCCACGGCUCCGCUAGCUUGUUGCUAAAGGUGUAG